UUACAUUCGUUCUUGAAGAAAGCAGAAUUAUAUUCAUCGUCAAGAAAGAAACAUCCUUACCUUAGCUCUCUCUCUCAAACAUGCUAAGAGCAGACGAGGAAGACGACGAGGAAGACGCUUCAGAGCUCAAGAUUGGAGACGAUUUCUUGAAGGCGAAAUGUUUAAUGAAUAGUGAGGUUGCCAUUCUGCUUGAGCAUAGAUGUGAUCAGAUGAAGCAUAUGUCUGGCGAUUCAACGACCCAACUUCCUCAAGUGUUGGAGAAAUCACUGCAGUAUGUUAAGCGCUUCAGUCGCUUCACGAAUCAGGGCUCUGUAAAGCAAGUUCGAGAAGUCCUGAGUAGAUACCAAUUGGCUGAAUUCGAGCUGGCUGUCAUUGGGAAUCUCUGUCCUGAAAAUGUGGAAGAAGCCAAGUCAGUUGUGCCUUCCCUCAAGACCAAAGGACGUGGGCAUGAUGAUGAAGCCAUUGAGAGACUGUUAAAUGACCUCUUAAUGGUUAAAAAGUUUGAGUGACAUAUAUGCUUCCUUCCAGCCUUCCAGCCUUCCAUGUUUCUGUGGUGAGCUACUAGUUUAUAGCAUGUUUUGAUUUAUGGCCCAAUGGUCUUGUCUUGAGGCAGGCUUGGUUGGGUAUGGAGUUUAAGCAUAUGGGCCACGUUAGGCCAGACAACAAGACUAUCGAAGCACGGUCGAGUUUAAUUCAAGAAACAUAUUUCAUUUUCAGUUUUCAAAAUCACCAUUAGUUUUGAAAACAACUUGAAAGUGUUUUUAGUCUUUAGUUUCCGUAUUUUUUGGAGCUACUUUCUCAUUCACCAAUUUGACAUCACUAUACAUGUGCAUUGCUGAUUUAAAAUUUGACUCAAUUUAUGUCUACUAUAGAAGAAAGAUAAGAAACUCUCUGUGUGUCGCCGAUUUAACUCCAGAAAUGAAGAACAUAUGCAUUGUCUUCA